CGAGUUUGUACAAGAGUUAUAACAAUAGUUUAGGGUCGGGCGCGUGAGUGUGGGGGCGAGACAGGAGUGACCCUCCACGUCUCCAGCUGUUCACUCAUCAUUACUCACCCCAACAAGGUCUAAGAGUCACAUAGACUUGAGAUAAUAUAAGAUACUACCUACGCUCGAGAUAAUUUUGAGAGCAUGGCAUUCAUUGGAAAUCUUUUCAAGUCCUUUAUGGGGUCAGAGGGCCCUUCAGGAAAUACAGUUACUGAAGUUGGAAUUUCACAAUUUACCAGGAUACCAAUUCAGUACCGUGAAGACUGCCUUGUCCUGUAUGGUCCAACACACAACAACACCUAUGAACUCCUCAUGCAUCAGUCAGUUCAUAACUCGCUUUCUAAAGCUUACAGUCUUUUCAGAACAGUUGAUAACAGUGAAGCCCAAAUUCGUUUCAUUGCACUGAAGGAGGUGCUGCCCCCUUUGGCAGAACACAUGCCUCACGAGAUUGCCAAUCAACAAGUUCUUCAGACUAUUUGUGACCUGGUUCGAGACCAUCCAACAUGGACAGCGGCACACAUUGCUGCCCAUCUUGGCUAUUCUCAUCUUUUUUUGCAGCCUUCAGUACUUAGGUUUGCAGACACCGCUGACAUGGAAAUGAAAGAAACCCCUUUACAUUUGGCAAUAAAGCAAGGUCACCUUGAUAUCAUUCGUACUCUAAUGAAAAAAAAUGUCAGUGUGGAUGUUACCGAUGUUAAAGGCAACUCCGUGUACCACCUUGCAGCAACAUCAAAUGAAACCAUCAUUAAGCUAGUAACUCAAAAGGAAUCUCGCCUUCUGAAUAUCCCUAAUGAAGCUGGCAAGACGCCCCUUCAUCUGGCUUGUGAAGGAGAUAAGCCAGACUGUGUGAAAGCUCUCCUGUGUGCCGGGGCAGAUGUUAAUGUGGCAGCAACUCAUGACUCCACCCUCCCAAUACAUUCAGCCAUGGCUGCUAAUAGCACACUCUGUGCAAGAGAAAUAAUUGCAAUGUAUCCAAACCAACUGAAUGUGAAGGACAUGAAAGAUGGCGGAACACCUUUACACUGGGCAACUUCUAGAGAGAUAAUUAAUGCAAUGGUUGACCUUGGGUGUAACAUUAAUGCACGUAAUUUUCAUGGUCUAACUGCUCUACAUAAGAUGGUACAAAACAAUCGUCUGGCGUGUGUUUUAACCCUGUUGAGUUGUGGUGCUGAGGUUAAUGUGUGUGAUGAUGCAGGUGAUCUGGCACUGCACAUGGCGAGCUCUGCUGCAGUCUUACAGGCCUUGCUCGUGUUUGGUGGCAACGCUACACUUCCAAAUAAUAAGGGGUUACUGGUUCGACAUGUUGUUGCCUCCAGUUCAUAUAAAGAGAAGAAUAUAAUGUUAUACAUCCUUCAUGCUGUUGGUGCUCCUCGUUGUCAGCAACUCUUCUCAGACUGCACCGAAGGCUGCACUCCUACAGGAUCUUUUGAUGGUGUCCCCAAUGAAUUUAACCAGUUUUCUCGCAGUCGUAUAAACUAUGAUGAAUUUUUAGAUGCUGCCAUGUUUGAAAAAACCAUAAAUGGAAUGCAGGGAGAGGUUACUUUAGGGUUUUCUGGCUUGGUCAACUCCACUAAGGAAGGUGGACGCAUAUUGUGUCUCGAUGGUGGAGGUAUCAAAGGUCUCGUCUUGAUUCAGCUUUUAAUUGCUCUGGAAGAAGCAGCUGGACGACCAGUUCUCCAACUCUUUGAUUGGAUUGUUGGAACAAGUACUGGUGGCAUCCUCGCUCUAGCACUAGCAAUGGGUAAAAGUGUACGAUAUACUCAAGGUCUCUAUUUUCGGAUGAAAGACUUGGUAUUUGUUGGUCGUCGACCUUAUGAUGAAAAACCGCUUGAAGACAUUCUGAGAAAGGAAUUUGGAGAAACCACUGUCAUGUCGGAAAUAAAUGGACCUAAGGUUAUAGUCACAGGCGUUUUGGCCGAUCGUUCACCGGCAGAUCUUCAUCUCUUCCGUAACUAUGUGAGCGGAGAGAAGUUGCUCGAGGCACAGGAAGGUGCUGCUUUCACUCCUACCAAACCACCUCAUCAGCAGCUGGUAUGGCAUGCAGCCAGAGCAUCAGGGGCUGCUCCAUCAUACUUCAGGGCUUAUGGCAGAUUUAUUGAUGGUGGCUUGAUCUCCAACAACCCAACUCUUGAUAUUUUGACGGAAAUAGCUGAAUACAACGUGGUCCUGAAUGCUCUUGGGAGAAGUGAGGAGGCAGCCAGGCCAUCUGUUCUAGUCUCACUUGGAACAGGGAGACCACCAGUGUCCAAGGUUGAUGCCAUUGACUGCUUCAGACCUGAAAGUAUGUGGAGUACAGUGCAGAUGGCAUUUGGUCUCUCAAACAUUGCAAAGAUGCUGAUUGACCAAGCAACAAUGGCAGAUAAUUGUACAGUUGACAGGGCACGAGCUUGGUGUGCAUCGUGUGGCAUCACGUACUUACGUCUCUCUCCUCAACUGUCCUUGGAUGUUCAGCUGGAUGACACUCGAGAUGACAUUCUUGUCAAUGCCUUGUGGGAGACCAUGGUUUACAUCCGAAGCAAAAAUGCUCAGAUUCAUAAAUUUGCAACUCUUUUAACAGCUGGUCGUGUUCAACAGACACACUGAGUAGCAAUAUAAGUUGCUUUGCUUUAUAUCUAGGGAGGAAUGUCAGCUGUUAGUUACAAAUUUAUGAAUUAUUUAUAUGUAUGUGUGUGUGUUGAAAUAUAUGUUGCCCAAGAUUGUUGAAAAAAUCUGAUGUUGAUAGAGUUCUCUCUCAGCAUGCCUACUACACCUCUGCUUUCCAGUGGGGCUAUUUUACACAUCCUAUCAUGCCUUCUGGUCUCGUGGAGUUAUUUUUGUGUGUCCGAUUUGGAACUAGUCCUAAUAGUAAUAUAUAAUAUAUAUGAAAUGUAACCUGCCGAUGACCCUAUGGUAUCAUCGGGAAUCUAAAAUAAUAUAUAAUGUAUAAUUAUAUAAAUAAAAUUGCUUGCAUAUUACA